CAGAAAGGUAAGGCAAGACGUUUUUAAGUAACAUAUUAUGACAGAAAUUCAGGAAACCCAACUCUUGAGACCGACCAACUGUAGAGACGCAGCGAUCAGACAGAACUGAAAUAACCAGCUGGAGUUUAAUGAUCUGACGGAGGAUCUCAGCAUCCAACAGCAACAUAAUGAAGAGCUUUCUUCUACUCAUCCUCUCACUGAUGAUAACAGGCUGGGAGGCCUCAUCUGAUGUGAAGGGAUGCACAGACGGAUGGGUGGAAUUCACCUGCCAGCAUAAAACAAUUCUACAAUAUCAAAGAGUUGAUGUAGAUAAGGACAAGCAAACAAUCAUAGGAAGCACUCAAAUGAAUGUGUGGCAGACCAAGGACAGAUUUUCUGUUUACCAUGAUGCAGCAAAUAAAAAGCUCAGAGUGGUCAUCAAACAACUUCAACGUGGGGACUUUGAGGAUUACACGUGUAAAUUUAUAUUUGAACAGAAAUCUGACUGUGAUAAAGUGGACUUGAAAGUUGGUAAGGGCUGUCAGACACCAUUUAAUCAAACUGCGUACAGAACAGCUAAAACCACCAUCUCAUGUGACAAAAAAAAGUCUGAAGUCAUGUUUUUCUGCAAAGAGAAUGGUUCAAUCUGUGAGGAUAUUUUAUCAACAAAAUCUUCUCCGAAGUCAAACGGGUCCUUCACUCUCACAGAGACCAGCAGUAGCUUCAACAUGUCCAUCAGUAAUGUGUCCUCAGAGCAUGCUGGUGUCUACUGGUGUGGAGUGGAAACAAAUAAGGGACGUAACAGAGCUGCACUCAGAAAAAUACAGCUGGAGGUUGAAGUGCCUCCAACAACACUGAACUCCUCUACUAUCUCAACAUCAACUCGUCCAGUUCCUACAUCUGCUUCUUCCACCCAGUCGACCACUGCAUCUGCCCACAGCGAUGGUCCUCCAACUACAUCAAGUCCUGGGGCCUCCUCGUUACCUGGAACCAUAGCUGUGGUCGUCUGUGUGGCUGUGCUGGUGCUGCUGCUUAUUUUGGUUCUCGUCUGGAAACGAUUUCAGCGUUCAAAAGACACAAGAAAUAGAGAACAGAACAAUGAGGAUGGUGCCUAUGAGGAGAUACGGGAGCGCCUCCAGAAGCCAGGCUCAGGAACUGCACUCAGCACUAUUUAUGUCACAGUCAACGCUCCCACAAACCCCUCUGCCUCGCAGCAUUACUCCACGGUCAACUUUCCCAACAGCUCUGGAGAAGCUAGUGGUGACACAUAUUCUACUGUGUGGGACAGCAGCCAUAGUCCCACCCACUCUGCUGUCAAUCAUCCAUCCAGACUUUCUGAAGACCCUUUCUAUUCUACUGUCAACAACCCACAGCAGCACUGAGACCAGUCCUGACACUCUUCACUUCAUUUUAAGGUUUAGUCACAGGGCUUCUGCACUGAUAUACACCAAGUUACCAGUUGUGCAACCAGCACUGCAGUUCAAUACAACAUGUCCAACUACCACCUCAAUAAGGACCACAGAACUCAAUCAACACCUGAAUUAAAGACUCAUGAUUAUUUGGCAAAACAUGGAUCUUAGUUGUCGAGGCCAACCUCCACUGUUAAACGCUAACAAGCUUCAACUUUUACCUGUUUAAUUGUACCACGUUGAUGAGUAAUAUUACUGAAUGCUACAAGAACAUUGUGAAUCAAAUUUCAGUUUAACGUAACCACAGUGGUUACAUCACAAAUUUGCACUUUUACUGCUGCUGGUUUUGAAUGUCCUUUUCAGCCUUGAUGCAAUAACAUCUCCUCAGUCCUCACACAAAUAUGCCUCAGACUGAUUUAAUGUAUGUAUAGUUUAACUUCUUGUAUUUAUUGUGCAAUAUGUUAUGCAACAUCUAUUUGUUUCUUCUUUUUGAAAACCUUCCUUUUUUAACAACAUAAUGCAUUUGGACAUGUUGACAAUUUUCUUUUCUUUUCAAUAUUGUAUUUGAUUUACAUAAAAUGCUUAAAUAGUGGUAAUAAACAAGAUUUACUUUUAA